UAUUGCUGUAUGUAAGAGUAGAAUCUCUAAAUUGCACAGAUCGAAGAGCAAGUAGAGAAAGAAGCAUAUGGUUUCAGAUUUCCAUAAUAUCUUUAAGAUUAAAUAUAAAAUAAAUGCUGCCGUAUGCGACUUGAAUUAGAAAUCCUAUAUAAUGAUAUAAAAAAUUAUAAAAAACUGUAGCAGCAAUAGCAUAACUUAACUAUUGCUAUAUGUAAGAGUAGAAUCUCUAAAUUGCAGAGAAUUUGGAGCAAACAGGGAAACGAAGAGUGAGUUAGAGAGAUGGUUUAUAGUGUUCUAGCUGAUCAUAAGCCUCAUGCAGUCUGUCUCCCUAGCCCAUUUCAAAGCCAUAUAAAGUCAAUGCUUAAACUAGCAAAACUACUACAUCACAAAGGUUUUCACAUCACCUUUGUUAACACAGAGUUUAACCAUAAGCGUUUACUUAAAUCUAGAGGUCCUGAUUCCCUGAAAGGUUUGCCCGACUUUCGGUUCGAGUCCGUUCCUGAUGGCCUCCCUCCCUCGGAUGAGAAUGCCACCCAAGAUUUGCCUGGACUCUGUGAAGCUGCCAGUAAGAACUUGUUGGCUCCAUUUCAUGACCUGCUAGACAAGCUGAAUGACACAGCAUCACCUGAUGUCCCCCCUGUGACUUGCAUCGUCUCUGAUGGUUUCAUGCCUGUCGCUAUCACUGCUGCUGAGAUGCUCGGGAUCCCUAUUGAUUUGUUCAUUACUAUCUCUGCUUGCAGCUUCAUGGGGUUUAAACAAUUUCAAGCACUCAAAGAAAAAGGUCUUACACCACUAAAAGACGAGAGUUUUUUAACAAAUGGCUAUCUAGACAGAGUAGUAGACUGGAUUCCAGGAAUGAAAGAUAUACGAUUAAGGGAUCUUCCAAGUUUUAUUCGCACAACAGAUCCAAAUGACUGUCUGUUUAACUUCUGCAUGGAAUCUGUUGAGAGAUCUCCUUCAGGUUCUGCAGUCAUUUUCCAUACUUUUGAUUCUUUGGAGCAAGAAGUCCUGACUUCCCUUUACUCUAUGUUUCCUCGUGUCUACACAAUCGGUCCACUUCAAUUACUUCUCAAUCAAAUUCAAGAAGAUGAUCUAGAUUCUAUUGAUUGUAACCUAUGGAAAGAAGAAGUUGAGUGUCUCCAAUGGCUUGAUUCCAAGAAACCCAACUCAGUAAUUUAUGUGAAUUUUGGUAGCGUAGCAGUGGCUACAAAAGAGCAGCUCGUUGAAUUUGGAAUGGGACUUUCUAAGAGUGGUCACCCGUUUUUAUGGAUAAUACGACCUGACAUGAUCACCGGCGACUCCGCGAUAUUUCCACCAGAAUUCACUGAAGAAACAAAAGAAAGGGGCUUUAUUUGUAGUUGGUGUCCACAAGAGGAAGUUCUCAACCACCCAUCUAUUGGAGGUUUUCUAACACAUUGUGGUUGGGGUUCCACAAUUGAGAGCAUUUCUUCUGGCGUGACUAUGCUUUGUUGGCCGUCCUUCGGUGAUCAGCAAACAAACUGUCGGUAUACAUGCAAUGAGUGGGCAAUUGGAAUGGAGAUUGAUAGCAAUGUGACGAGAGAAAAUGUGGAAAAACAAGUGAGAGAGUUGAUGGAAGGAGAACUGUUAAUUAUUGGAGACAAGCAAGCCCCACCAUGUGCAAGUGGGAUUACCUAAUCUCCCACUUAGCACAUGGUGGAGGACUCCCCCUCACUCCCAUUAAUUGUAUAUUAAUGUACCCCUCCUGUGAUGUGUUUGUGUGUGUAUGAAGAACACAGUGAGCAGCGUGAGAAACACAGAGAGAAGAGAGAACAGAGAAAAAUAGAGAGAACUUGAGAGAGUAGAGUUGAGUUGAGAGAGUUUUAUCUCCUCCUCCUUUGUUUGUAUUGUUUGUAAGCUUCAUUAAUACAAACCAGUAGCUCCGUGGAGUAGGCAAGUUGCCGAACCACGUAAA